UCUAUCUAUAAGGGGCUAAUAAAACAGUUUAGUCAAUUUUCAUAUUAACACAUUUAUUUAAGGGCAGAGCAUGUAUACUGUAUAUAUUCGGCAAAUGUUGGCUGCUGAUGUGGACAUUUAGUCCUUCUUGAGUUCUUGCAGUUUUCUACUAUGAUUCCCUGUGAAUACAAAAAUGAAUGUGUUUCCUAAAGUCUACAUUUAUUAAUUAAAUAGCUUGCACAAUAGGUCCCAAAUUCUCAAUUUAUAGUGAGGCAAAUUCAUCAAUUUAUAGUGAGGCAAAUAUAGGCCUUGAGCCUUUAUGAAACUGAGCCAUGUUCUCGUAUCUUAUUGCUUCUGCUGCUUAUGGUUCUUAAUGGAUUUACAAGACUAAGAAAGGGUUUAUAUCCCCCUUCCUAGUGAUGAGACACUCCAGGAGGUUGGAACUUGCCCCAUGUCCCCUAAAGCCCUCCCAUUUCUUCUCCAUCACUUUGCCACCAGCCUGUUGCCCCUGGACUUCUGCUUACCUUUGCAGGAGGGUCCAGCACUUAGUAAUCAGCAGGAAUUUCCAGGAGGGAAAAAAGUUGACAGGAGGAGUCUGGAAGUCAGUGCCUGUUUAACUUGGUCUGAUUGUGGAAAAAAAUUCUUUCCCCCACACAAUACACUACAGCCCUGCUGCUUCUCCUGCUGCUGCUGACUGCCUGACUCAGUAACUACAAGGGGGAUUCUGCUUUCUGCUGAGGGGUGGAAGGCUGGAAAACAUCUGGAAGCUGUGAAGAAGCCAAGAGUGCCAAGAAUAUUCAGAGAAACAAAAAAAAAGAAGGAAAGAAAACUUAAAUUUCACUUUUCUGCCAGGUGUAUGGGACAUAAAUAAUUGAAAUUCUGCACUGAAUUGUUAAAGGUAAACUAUGACCACUUUACUAUUAGUGUUCGUUUGCUUGCGGGUCAUCGCUGCAGCGAUCUCCGUAGAAGUUUCAGACCAUCAGAACACACUGAGCGCAAUUAUACCUGUUGAUCCUCCCCUGAACGUCCAGCUUGGACACUCCCUUACCAUCCCUUGUUUCUUCAUAAAUGCUUUGGAUGGUGUGACUGUGGCUCCCUCAACAGCACCCUUAACACCGAGGAUCAAGUGGAGCAAGCAUGUCAAAGGAAAGGAAACAGUUCUGCUGGUAGCCAUAGACGGACAUGUUCGAGUAAAUGAUGCCUACAAAGGACGUGUCUCUAUGCCAACUUACCCACUUGCCCCUACUGAUGUCAGUCUGGAAAUUUCCACCAUAAUGUCCAAUGAUUCAGGAACCUACCGCUGUGAAGUGAUGCAUGGGAUAGAAGACAGCCAAGCUACAGUAGAGGUUAAUGUGAAAGGGGUCGUUUUCCACUACAGAGCAAUUUCUACCAGAUAUACUUUGGACUUUGAAAAUGCCAAAAAAGCAUGCAUACAGAACAGUGCCACCAUUGCCACCCCUGAGCAGCUCCAGGCAGCAUAUGAUGAUGGUUACCACCAAUGUGAUGCUGGAUGGCUUUCCGACCAGACUGUUCGUUAUCCAAUCCAUAAUCCACGUGAAGCCUGUUAUGGAGACAAGGACAUAUUUCCAGGAGUGAGAACAUAUGGAGUUCGUGAAACAGAUGAAACCUAUGAUGUGUAUUGCUAUGUUGAGGAUAUGCAGGGUGAAGUGUUUUAUGCAACAUCUCCUGAGAAGUUCACCUUUGACGAAGCAGAAAAGCAAUGUAAGAGUCUUGGUGCCAGGUUGGCCACUACUGGAGAGCUCUAUGUGGCAUGGAAAAGUGGAAUGGAUGUGUGCAGUGCAGGCUGGUUGGGAGACCGCAGUGUUAGGUACCCCAUAUCAAUAGCUCGACCUAACUGUGGUGGAAACUUAGUAGGAGUAAGAACAGUUUAUCUCCACCCCAACCAGACUGGAUAUCCUGAUCCACUAUCUCGUUAUGAUGCUAUCUGCUACAAAGCUGGACCAGAUGAGGACAUCACUAUUCAGACCAUUACACAACCAAGUUUAGAGAUCAUCAUCCCCCGUAAUGAGACAGAAGAAGAGGCCCGUGGCAGUAUUGCUUCCCUUGAACCAACCGAUUUUACUCUAACACCUACUGAUCUUGAGGAAUUUUUCACAGCAACCCCAGAGCUUGUCCUAACAGAAGGGCCAUUUGAAAAUGUUACAGAAGAAUUUCCCCUAGAAAAUAUUACAGCAUUAACCCAAACAGAAGCCCCUGGUACAGCAGAUGUGACAUUCUCUGAGGGUCCAGAGUUCAAUGCAACUACAUCUUUAGCAGAGGAAAUAGUUCCAGCAACAGCUGCUCCUGCUGAAGCCGAGCCAGAAAAAAACAUUUCCAAGACUGGUCUUGUCUUUCAUUACCGAGCUGCUUCCAGUCGAUAUUCCCUUAACUUCACUGAGGCCAAGCAGGCAUGUCUAGACAACAAUGCUAUCAUUGCAACCCCUGCUCAGCUCCAAGCUGCCUAUGAAGCUGGUUUUGAUCAAUGUGAUGCUGGAUGGAUAUCAGACCAAACUGUCAGAUACCCUAUCGUCACUCCAAGACAAAACUGUAAUGGAGACAAGAAUGGAUUUCCUGGGGUUAGAAGUUAUGGAGUGGUCAAACCAACGGAACGUUUCGAUGUGUACUGCUACAUUGAUAAACUUCAUGGAGAGGUGUUUUUUGCCACUCAACCAAACCAGUUUACUUUCCAAGAAGCAAAAGAAUUUUGUGACGACCAAAAUGCCACAUUGGCUUCCACUGGACAGCUCUAUGUAGCCUGGAAGUUGGGGCUGGACAAGUGUAGAGCAGGCUGGUUGUCAGAUCAAAGUGUCCGCUACCCCAUUGUGACACCUCGCAAAGCCUGUGGAGGGGACUUACCUGGAGUGCGGACAGUCUACCUUCAUGCUAAUCAAACAGGAUUCCCUGAUCCUUUGUCAAAAUACCAUGCCUUUUGUUUCCGAGAAGAAAUUCCAGACUUUCCAUCAGUUGAGGAGGAAGUUAUUGUGACUCAGAUUGUCUCAGAAUUAGAGAAGUUACCUUCUGGAGAAGAACCAACUUCAGAAAUUGAGACUGUCACCGAAUUUGAAAAUCAGACUGAUGUCUGGAUAGCAAAUGUUACUGAAAUUUCUACAAUCGAACCAUCAUUGACAGUCAGUCCUUCAGUUGUUCCUAUUGCGAGCCCAGCUCCAGAAGAUAUAAGUGGAGAAUCAUCAGCUAUAGGCAGUAUAAGUGGAGAACCAUCUGGAGAAGUUAGUGGAGAUGUGUCUGGUGCAGAUCUAAGUGGACAACCUUCAGGAUCUGAAGAAAGUGGAUUUCCAUCUGGAACUGAUAUUUCAGGUGUGAGUGGACUGCCUUCUGGUGACAUAUCUGGUGAAAAACCAUCAGGUGAACCUGAUAUUAGUGGACUGCCAUCUGGUGACAUAUCUGGUGAAAAACCAUCAGGUGAACCUGAUAUUAGCGGACUGCCACCUGGUGACAUAUCUGGUGAAAAACCAUCAGGUGAACCUGAUAUUAGUGGACUGCCAUCUGGUGACAUAUCUGGUGAAAAACCAUCAGGUGAACCUGAUAUUAGUGGACUGCCAUCUGGUGACAUAUCUGGCGAAGAACCAUCAGGUGAACCUGAUAUUAGUGGACUGCCUUCUGGAUUUCCUUCAGGUGCUGAAGACAUAUCAGGGCAAGUUUCUGGAUUUCCAGAUAUAAGUGGAUUGUCUUCUGUACCAAUAGAAACCAGUGGCCUGCCUUCUGGAGAACCAUCUGGAGAUGAGAUAAUUAGUGGCUCAGCUUCUGGAGUUGAGAUAAUUAGUGGCUUUUCUUCUGGUCAAGAAGAUGUUAGUGGCAUUGCCUCUGGCUUCCCAACAAUCACACAUGUGGAUACACCAUGGGUAGAAGCUAUUACAAAACCAACAGAAAUUGAACUAGAAGGAAAGGGAGAAAUAGAGUUAAGUGCAUCAUCAGGAAUAGAAUUAAGUGGAGAUUUUUCUGGCUUAGAGCCCAGUGGAGAUGUUUCUGGAUUUGACCUUAGUGGGGCUACUUCUUCAGUAAUAGAAAGCAGUGGUGAUAUCUCUGGUUUUAUUAGUGGUGAUAUUAGCGGUGAGCCAUCAGGCAUGAUUGACUUGAGUGGUGAGGUAUCAGGAGUAACUGAUAUUAGCGGAGAUUUGUCAGGAUUGAAGGAUUUUAGUGGUGAGGCAUCAGGAGUGUUGGAUUUUAGUGGUGAGCUAUCUGGUCUAAGUGGAGAAUCCUCAGGAAUUACUUCUGUGAGUAGUGGAUAUUCUGGAGAUAUAGGUAUAAGUGGAGAAACUUCUGGAGUAAGAGAAAUUAGCGGUGAGCUUUCUGGAGUUCCUGACAUCAGUGGCCUGGGCUCUGGUAUCUUAGAGAUAUCAUCAGGUGUUAUUCUUAUUGAUCAAACUUUGACAGAACUUUCCCAGACUCCUGUAAAAGAAGAGGAAGGGAAAGGGUCUGUAGGUAUAAGUGGCUUUUAUUCAGGAGAUGUUGACAGUUCUGGAGACAUAUCUGGUAUCUUGGAUGUCAGCGGUGGACCUUCAGGUUUAAUAGACACAAGUGGUUUUGUUUCAGGGGCUAUUCCCAGUGGUGAUAUAGAUAUUAGUGGUGUAUCAGAUAUAAGUGGUGCAGUAUCUGGAGCUGAAUAUGUCAGUGGCUUACAAUCUGGAUUUGAUGAUGCAAGUGGAGUCCCUACUAUUUCUCAUAUAGAUUUCACAUUAAAAGAGCCUCCAACUCAAGGGCCUGAUACUCAAGAAGCAGGAGGUGGUCCAUCAGUAAUACUUGAGUUCAGUGGAAUAUCUUCUGGGGAAACAUUACCAUCAGGAACUCAGGAAGGCAGUCUAGAAAGUUCAGGCAUAUAUACAUCAGGAUUUUCUCAAGUCACACUUAUUACUGAUGAUUCUGUUGAAGCAAUCACAAAACCUUCAGUUUCACAAGAGUUAGGUGGUGUUACGUUGGCAUACACAAUAGAAACAUCAGCAUCUGGUGAUAUUGGCAUUGAGACAUCUGCCACUCAUGAAACAACUCUAGAAGGAAGCACUGAAACUAGCUCUGGACACAUUACAUUUUUGGCACCAGAAUCAUCAGGGGAAAUAUCUGAAACAUCAGAAUCUGAAACAACACACGCUCCUGAGGAAGCACAGCAGGAAAGAGAGUUAGUUACGUCAAUUGCAUCAGAUGAAGUAACAGAUGAACCCACAAUUGAAGCAGCCAGUCCUUCAAGUCCAAUCGCAAUUGAGUCUGAAGGAAUAAUCGGAUCAUGUGCUGAUGAGCCCUGUGGCGCUGGAACAUGUACAGAAAAGGAAGGAAGAAUAUAUUGUGCCUGUCCUGUAGGUUUUGGUGGAGGCCUUUGUAAUAUAGACAUUGAUGAGUGCCACUCAAGCCCCUGUGUGAAUGGAGCUACCUGCGUUGAUGGCAUCGACUCAUUCAAAUGCUUAUGCCUUCCCAGCUACGGAGGGGACCUAUGUCAGAUCGAUCUCGAGGUGUGUGAGGAUGGAUGGACGAAAUUCCAGGGUCACUGCUACAAACACUUUUCAGAGAGAGAAACCUGGGUGGAUGCAGAAAAUGUAUGUCGGUACCACCAGUCCCAUCUAGCCAGCAUUCUCUCACCUGAAGAGCAGGAAUUUGUGAAUAGUAAUGCUCAGGACUAUCAGUGGAUUGGGCUGAAUGAUAAAACAAUUGAAAAUGAUUUCCGCUGGUCAGAUGCCAACCCCUUGCAAUACGAAAACUGGAGACCAAACCAACCAGACAACUUCUUUACCACGGGAGAAGAUUGUGUUGUGAUGAUCUGGCACGAAAGAGGAGAAUGGAAUGAUGUUCCAUGUAACUACCAUCUGCCAUUUACAUGCAAAAAGGGAACAGUGGCUUGUGGUGAGCCUCCAGCAGUACAAAACGCCUAUACACUAGGAAAAAAGAAAGUUCGUUAUGAAAUCAGCUCCUUAGUGCGAUAUCAGUGUAACCAAGGUUACCUACAACGCCAUGUUCCUAUUAUCCGGUGUCUACCAACUGGGCACUGGGAUGAGCCGAGGAUACAGUGCAUAGAUCUUUCCACUUACAGACGACACAAGAGAAGCCCCAGAAGUCGGUCGAGAGCAAUUGCCACAUCUGAACAGGGAAAGGCCCAUUAAAGUAGAAAGAGACAAAAAAAAAAUAUUGUAAAGAACAUUUAUAUCAACUAUGUCAAUUUGAAUUUGUUUGUCAUGUAAGGAGUUUAUAUUCAAGAAAAUCCCAAGCUGUAUAUAAAAAAAAAACAUCAACGCAAAUUAGAUUUCAACAAUUUUACUAAUGGUCCGAGAAGGGCCUUUGUGAGCGCCCAUGUCGUGCCAUUAUUCGGAGGGUUUUAAGGAAGCUAGAAUGGCUUUGAGUGGAAAGAGAAGGGCAACAUAGUGCCAUAAAGACUAUUUUCCCAUUGUCUUGAUUAACUAUAAUGUGAGUAUAAUGUGAUAUUUUUAUUAUUUAAACUCCAGGCUGGCCGAAUAAUAAUAAUAAU